GUAUAUUGUUAGUGAUCGUCGGCACGUUGCCGCAUUCGCGUACAACGGUAGACCAACAACAAUCAUUUGACUUGGUCGGUCUAUACGAUCGAAUUUGUCGCUCGACGUGGAUCACCUUUUUUUUAAAUUCGACCGUAGCUACGUGAACAAAAUUUGAAAAGUCAACGAUCAAUAGCGUCGUUUGUUAUCGCGACUUUCUAAAAGCCGAUGACAAUUGGUGGUGAAACGCGCGAUGGGACAUACACGCAUCAUCAGCGCAUUAAACUGCUGGUACGCGUUUAUGUGCCCGCGUAAAUGUGCCCGUGUAAUACGUUCAUCAGCUGGUGAUGUUCGUGCGUUUCACUGUGUAUGUGUCGAGCGAGAGAGACAUCGCAGCGGUGGUAUAUUGAAGUGAAAAGCAAACGUGGAGUCAAAGUUGGAGGGAAAGAGAGAAAAGUUGUGUAGUCAAGUGUUACGUUGUGUGUGGAGUAAGGAGGAGGAUCUCAGGAGGUGGGGGCCAAAGGUAUAGCGAGGGGGCACGAAGUAGUUGACGAUCGCCACGGUGAAGGAGAAGAGAGAGAAAGAGAAAGAAAGAGAGUGGGAACACCGCGGUGGUGGGGAACCGUCAGAGUGUGCGGUCGUGUCCAAGAAAGAGGUGGAGAAGCGAACAGCAACGGCAGGGAGGGGACGACGGGGGGAGAGCGAACAAACUACCGGGAAGAAGUCAGCGGCAAGUAAAGCAGCGCCGCUGAGGCUAAACUUCAGGAUCUAUCGAACUAAAAUUGUCGUGUAGUUUCUGCCUCCUCUUCUCGCCCCUCCUAACGCAACCUACCUCUCCCUUGACCCCACCAGAGCCGAACACGGUGGCAACGGCAGCAUCUCGGCCGGUUGCGCCCCCUCUGGCUCGAGCACCCAUCCCCUCCACAAAACGAAAGCCGAACGAAGAGGGAAGAAAGCGGCGACGGUGGGGCGUCACGAGGGACGAGGAGCGUACGGACGAGGGAGAAGAAGAGAUUGGAACGUGUCGUGAAAGAGAGAGACGGAGAAACAGAAAGAGGAAAAGGAGAGAAAGAGAGGGAAGAACGGGAAUCGGAGUGAGAGGGGGUAGGCUGGGAGCGCGUUAGCUGGCCCCACGGGCGACUCACCAUAUUUUAUUGUCGCGUUUGCCGACGCUAACCGCUGGUGUACGGCUCCGUGCCCGAUCUACGAAGAUGCCGACCUGACUCGAGAGAAGAGAAGUAUACACAGAACACUCGGCCUACUAGUAGAGUGCGGUACGAAUUCGCGUGGGUACGAGGUGCCGGUAGUGGCAUCAUCAGCCACCAGCAGAGGUGGCACCAGGCUCCCCCACCACACUGCGCGGCGUGCCGGCCUGGACCCUCCCACCCGUCUCACCGAGGGCAAACCAUCUCGCAAAAAUCGUCCCCCUUUCCAUGGAAGGAAAAGAACUACGGCGACGACUCUGCCACCACCACUGUCGAGCCGACCGUUUCUCGUCACUACCACCACCACCAUCGGCACACUACCAUCGUUAUCGCCAGCGCCACCGUCACUGUACCGCCGCCUCCUCCUACACCGAUCAACCGUCAUCUCGAGGAACGAGGAUACCAGAACUUACGGAUUUGGAUCGCGUUAUCCGGACCUUCGACGAACGCUUUACUUAUAACCCACUGUUGGAUUUACCAUCUCUUAUAUAUCCUUAUUGGUGAUUAUCCGAUCAAAAUCGGAUAUCAGUGACGAUUUAGAAAAGUGCGCGUGUGAAUAAUACUAGACGGAUAAUUGAAAAACCUCGUACUCGUUCGAGUAAUUAUUCCGUAAGCGCGCGCGAAAGAAGUUUCCGCCAAGUUUGAAGGUAGAGAGGGAAGACUCGUCGCAUGGACACGCGCCCUCCUUGUACCCCCUCUAAACACGAGUGAAAACAUACACAUACAUGUGGACGCACACGCACGCGAAUCACGCAGAGGUGAAGACAGAAGUGCCGAGGCGUUAUACACAUGUGACUCGCGCCAGUUCGUAGUUACUAUUUGUUUAAAGUGCGCGUAUAUAGAUAGAUUUGGUGAUACCGAUAUAAUUUGUGAGUUAAAAAAAAAUUCAUAUCGAUCGAUUUUCGAUUCUAAUUGUUAAAAAAGAUAACAGGAACGAAUACGAGUCUCUCCAUGUCGUGAUUUCACGGGAUGCAAAGCAAUUCAACGUGUGGACGGAUUUUACAAGCAAGGAAGGAAAAAAAAGGAGAUCGGUGCGCGCGAACAAGUCGAUCCUCGCCUUUCCUUUUUCACGAGUCUCUUCGUCACCAUCGCUCGAGUUCUCGAUCUACCACUCUCUCCCUCUCUAUCUCUCGUUUCGCCUCUUGUCCGUCCCUCUAGCGCUUCCUCUCGCUCGCUCCUCCCUCUAUUUCGUCUUGCUUUCUCAUUUCCUCUCUCUCUGUAUCGCGCUUUCUUCUUCGCACUCGUACUUACGUACCUCCGCCUUCCUAACCGCUGAGCGGAGGUCUGGAUUCCGUCGAAAAGAAACGACGAUUCAGAGGAUAGUCGCGACCGAUCAUAGCUGGCGCGUCGAUCGGAUCAACGGCGUGAGUUACACGAACGAAUCAUCCACCGGCGCAUAUGAUACUUACAUUUAAGUAACGCGUUAGUUAUAUUUCUAUCGUUAUUAAUUUAUGAUUUAUCAAUUUCGACUCGUGUCACAUCAUUUUUAUCAUCCGGACAAAUCUGCAAUCUUUGUUUUUCGAUCUCUAGUGACCAGUGUGAACUGUUCCUGUUGACUUGUAGUUAUCAUCAGUCUGUGUUCAUCGUGAAAUCCCGAAACCGACAGUGUCAUCUUUAUAACUGCAUUGUGGUCGAAGAUCGGAAAACUGGUCCCUGCUUCUCGCAAGUGUCUGCGUUUGUGACAGUGCAAGUGUAUAUACGAGCGGAGACCGCCUUCAGAAUCAAGUAGAGUCGGGUACUAGACAGUGCAAUAAAACAGGCGUGAGUUUUAUAGUGAAAAAUUUUUUGCCAUUUGUUUUGCAUUUAGUGACUUCCUCUGGUUCUUCGACCGGCAAUUAUAUCCGCACGAUUUUAUCUUUCUCGUCGUGUUACGUGGUGAAAAAAUAAAAUUAAAAAGAGAAGAAAAAACAAAAGUGAUCUGAUACUUGUUCCGAGUGACUUGGUGAGACUGCAACAGAUGCUACGGUCUGGAAGGAUGAUCGCGUAGCGGCGCCCGACCAUCACGGCCCUGAGUGGCCGACACAACAUGUCACAGUUCUCUUUUCGAGGAUCGCCAAAUCUACAGUGUCCUGUGACAGUGAGUUCGUCGCUGACGUCUUCUUCGGCCUCGCCGGUGUCCGGCGCGAUCCUGAGCGCAGGCGGUUCGUCGUUGGUCAGCGUAGCGGGCACUGCCACGAAUCAUCCCCUGGGAGUAGCUGCCGGCCUGUCGAACGCGAGGAUGGCGGUGACCAGCGCGGUUGUGAGGCCGCCUGGCAGUCCAACCACGUCGGUCAGCCCGUCGCAGGGUCAUCCGCCUCCGACGACCGGUGGCCCAACGCCGACGGGGCGAUGCUGCGACACGGGGAGACCGAUCUUCACGGACCCCCUCACGGGCCAGACCGUGUGCUCCUGCCAAUACGAGCUUAUCGGCGGUUAUCAACGGCUCGGCGCGCUACCGACGGCCGCGCUUUCCAUGUACAGCGCGCCGUACGCGGCUGCAGCCGCCGCCGCCGCCUCCGAGGGCAUGGCCGCCUAUUUUCCAAGCCUGGGGGCCGAGCAGGCGCCCUUCUAUACACCUACGGCUGCUGGCCUCGAUCUGAAGGCGGAAAAUCUUGGGGCUGGAGCCGCGGCAGCAUGGCCUUAUCCUUCCGUGUACCAUCCCUAUGAUGCGGCCUUCGCUAGUUAUCCCUUCAAUGGUUAUGGGAUGGACCUGAACGGGGCCAGACGAAAGAACGCGACGCGAGAGACGACGAGCACGUUGAAGGCCUGGCUGAACGAUCAUAAGAAGAAUCCUUAUCCAACGAAGGGCGAGAAGAUCAUGUUAGCAAUCAUCACGAAGAUGACUCUGACCCAAGUGUCCACGUGGUUCGCGAACGCGCGGAGACGCCUGAAGAAGGAGAACAAGAUGACGUGGGAGCCGAGGAACAGGGUCGAGGACGAGGAUAACAAUAACGAGGACGACGACAGUGGAAGGAAGAGCGUGGACGAGAAAGAUCGGCUAGACUCGAAAGACUCUGGAACCGGAUCGAGCGAGGACGGCGAGCGGCCGGCGCACCGGAUGGACCUGCUCGGCACCAGCGGCGGUUCCACGGGUGUCCAGGGGAGAACCGAGAGCGAGUGGAGCGAAUCCCGAGCAGACAGCGGCCCAGACAGCCCGGAAUGCCUCUACGACCAAAGAGAACCUCCCAGACACCCUCUGCAGCUGCAGCAUCCCGCCUAUCUCGCCUCCUCUCACGGCCGACUGUUGCGCCACCCGUCUCCCGAGAGCACGCCACCUAGCAGUCACCACGUGCCGCCGAGCACGACAGCGUCCUCGACGGGCAGCGGCGUAACCACGAAACCGAGGAUCUGGUCUCUGGCAGACAUGGCGAGCAAAGAUGGCGAGCAGCAGAGCCCGAUACCGACCACUAUGACAGGCCUCUCGUCACCUUACGGCGGAAGCGGCGGAGCUGGCGGAGGAGUGGCAGGCGGGGGCGGAGGUGGGGGCAAGUUGAUGAGCCCUUUGGCCAGUCGUCUGCCGCCUCAUCACCCGCUCGCGAUGCACUCCGGGACGCAAUUUGUCCGACAUCACCCGGAUUUCUACCGCAACCUGUACGGGGCCUCCCAUCUCGGCUCGGGCGACAUGUCUCUGCUGGAGACUUACUCGAGAACCUUGGGCGGACUGAGCGGCGUCAUGCCCCCCUCCACGGCGCCCAGCAUACUGACGUCGUCCGCGUCAGCCGUGUCGGCCAGUGGCAAACCUUUCUCGAUCAACGGUGGCAGCACUGCUCCAGGUGGCGCUGUGCUCCUCACCACAGCGACAUCUGGCCUAUCUCCCUCGUCCUCGUCCACGGCGUCCUCGGGUGGGUCGGAUCAGUCCCCUCACCCGAGCCUGUCGUCCACGCAGGAGCUCAAGUCACCCGGCCGAGUGUGAUUACGAACGGUGUACAGUUGACUGGAAACGAUAUACGAACGAGUCGGAACGACGAUGUAACUGCCCUUGAGACCCUCGAUCCGCUUCCACCGUUCUUAGUCCGUUUUCUUCCCCGCCCCCUCGUUUCGCUUACCCUCUCACCCCGCGAGAUUUCGUCUUCGUUCCUUUCUUUCUCUGCGGAGGAGUCCCACGAGUGUCUAGAUUCUGCGUACCGACAAGAAAAUUUUUCAAUUUUUCUUUCAAAAGCGAAACUAUUUACAGGUUUAAUUGUCACGAUUAUCGCGUUGAAACGGAAAA